GGGGAAGGGCGGCGGGGGCGGCGAGGCCGGCGGGCCGAGGCCGGGCCGGCGAACCUGCUGCAGCUGCCGCUUCCCGCUGCUGGUGGCCAUACUGCAGCUGCUCCUGGGCGUCGCCAUCACGGCGCUGGCCUUCGUCAUGACCAGCAUCAGCCCCUCCCUGCUGGCCAGGGAGACCCCACACUGGGCCGGGAUCAUCGUCUGCCUGGUGUCCCUGCUGGGGUUUGCCCUCUACUGCAUCACGUACCUUCCGGACGAGAAGACGUCCCUGCAGUUCGUUGCCAAGCUCCUGUACUUCCUGCUCUGCACCCUGGCCCUGGUCCUGUCCCUCCUGGCGCUGGCCUUCGCCGGGCACCACUACGCCCAGGUGAACGGCUUCACCUGCAGCCAGGAAGGGAAUGACUGCCGGUGCGUGCUGGAGCCCGAGGACCCCAUCGCCCGCUCCUUCCUGUACGCCGACGCGGGGGACUGCUCCUCCUUCACCAGCACCCUCAAGCUGUGCUUCAUCCUCCAGAUAGUGCUCAACCUGGCCCAGGCCCUGGUCUGCCUGGCGGCCGCCUUCGUCAUGUGGAAGCACAGGUACCAGGUGUUCUUCGCCGGCCUCCAGGUGGACUCGCUCUCCGUCGGCCAGUGGCAGAAGGUCUAGGUCUGGGGGGGGCGGGGCAAUGGAGGGAAGCCCCUCCCCUUCCGGCCACCCAGCCAACCGCCGCAAGGACGCGCGGUUCGCAUGCCCCUCCCGAGCACUGUGUGCAUUUGUACGUGCCUUCCUUUUUCCCGGAGACAUGUUUUUCGGUGCGUUUGUUUUUCAAAUUUUUCUAUACCGACUCUUUUUGUUUAAGUUUUUCGCGUUUGCUUGAAGAUACCUCGCCGAUGCGUGUGCUAAAGCAGAUAUUCUUUCCAAAGACAAAACACAUUAAGGCAGUUAUGUAUCAAAAUUGAGCUCCAAAUGCUAGGCGGGGAGAUGUGACGGAGGACGAAGGAGUGAAUAGCUUAGUCACACAGACAGGAAGGACAGCAGGACUCUCGGACGUGUAGACCUAUACGGGCAAGCCCAGCGGGGCAUCUUUAACAUACCCAUUUCAGAUCAUUUACCCAUAUUUUUAACAAACGUGUGAUGUAACAUACGCAUUUCUAAGCAUUUACCCGUCUUUUUAACAAACGUGAUUUAACAUACCCAUUUCUGAGCAUUUACCCGUCUUUUUAACAAACGUGUGAUUUAACAUAUCCAUUUCAGAUCAUUUACCCGUCUUUUUAACAAAUGUGUGAUUUAACAUACCCAUUUCAGAUUUACCCAUCUUUUUAACAAACGUGUGAUUUAACACCCAUUUCAGAUCAUUUACCCAUCUUUUUAACAAAUGUGUGA